UAAUUGAAGUGUUUAGGCUAAUCCCCCGACAGGAAAAAAACACAGCAGGAAAAAAAGCGAGAUGCUGAGGAGGCCAGCGCACGUGCACUAAGUGACUCGUGUCCAAUCGUGUCCGGGAAUUCCUCGAAGCUCUCUCUCCUCCUCGUGCCAGUGAGGAUAAAAAGGCUCAUGUUCGCAUAUUUCCCCCCAAACAACUCCCACGAUGCUGCAGCUGUUGACAUUCCUGGUGGAGAAGCUCUCUCUUUUCUCCAAAUUCAAACUCUUUGAGUCCAGCUGGUCUGAGGCGAAGGAUGAGGACCGGCAGAGGUGCGCGCACCGCUGCGCCCCACCUGCACUCCGAAGGGGGGAUCUGCUGGAGGUCCCCAGAACCCUUUUCAACCACUACGGCAUUUAUUUAGGAGACCACAAAGUGGCUCACCUGAUCCCGGACAUCCUGCCAGUGUUCACAACCGACCAGAAUCUCAUCAGCUCCGUCAUCACGAACAAGAGACUCAUCCUCGGCUGCAUGUACAGGUGUGCCACGGUGCGCGUGGACACUUUAGAGGACUUUGCGUACGGCUCUAGUAUUCUGGUGAACCGUAUGGAUAUGAUGAUGAAGAGUCAUGCGCUUCCUAAUGAAGAUGUGGCUAAGAGGGCUGAAAAGCUCAUCGGAGGAAUCCAGUACAGUUUGCUGUGGAAUAACUGUGAACACUUUGUGACAUACUGCAGAUACGGGUCUGCAGCCAGCAGGCAAACAGAGAAGUUCUGCGAGUGCCUGAAAUCCAUCAUCAGAGACCAGCGUAGCGUGAUCACCACAAGCCUUCUCGGCCUAGUCUCCAUCAUCUCUUUUGGCAUGGCACCGGCAACUACACUACCCACAAUCCUUAUCCCUCUCACUCUGUGGAUGGCUGGUUGAAGUAGCUCAGCAUGAGCCUGUAAAUAAACUGAACUUUUUUGCACUGACUGGAGACCUGCUCAGGGCGGUGCAGGCUUGCCAUGUGGAGCCUCAUGAGUUUUGUUCUAUAGAUUGAUUGCAUUCUGUAGGAGGUGUGUAAUAUUUUGUUUUGAUAUGCGCAUUGAUCAUUUCCUACAUGCCUUGUACUUUUCCUGCCAUUAAUGUGUGGAGGCCUAUGUAAAUUUUUAUGCAGUUUUUGACUAAAAUGAAUGUAUAUAAAUUCAAUUUUUUAUAGAAGUUUGUUUAAUAUAAUUUUGUAAAUAUGAGAAAUGCUGAAUAAACAUAUAAUUUUUUA